AUGCCAGUCGCCGUCGCGAAAGAAGAUUCCUGGGCUUUCCAGCCAAUCGGAUCGCCGUUCCCCGAAGCGCCAAUUCGUGUUCCGAACCAGAACAAUCAAUACGUGGCUCUCUGGUACAAACACGGAAAACCAAUUCAUGGGCGUGCUUGGAAUAACGAUGGAGUCGUUGAAUGCUCGUUCCCUUACAAUAAGGCGGAGCUGAAAGGAAAACAAGAUCUCGGGGGACAAAUUCAAAUUCUCCAAUACAAAGGAGACUACAACUCUCUUGGAUACUGGUAUGAAUGGUUGCCGUUGAAGCAGAGACACGAGAAUAAUGAAGGUGUUCGUGAGAUUGUGAGAUGCGGAAACUCAGUUCCUGUCCUCGCCAAACUAAAGGAUGGUACCGAUAAACUUGGUUAUCUCGACCUGAAUACUGAAAUCGCUCUGUUCUCCAAUGGUGGAACAACCGAGAAGUUUGAAGGCGGAGCCACUGCUAACUUCAUGACAAUCUUCCGUAAUCUCAGACCCCCACCGACUGGUCUCAAGGUUUACGAUGAUCUCUGGUACGAUCUCCGCUACGGAGAUACAUUCCCAUCGAAUGCCGUUCCAGCGGAUGGGCGUGCUCUCAAUACGGAAACUGGACCACAUAUGCAAUACGUGGCACUCUGGUAUAAACAUGGAGAUCCAGUUUUCGGUCGUGCCUACCCGAAUUCUGCUGGAAAGACCAACGCCCAUUUCGGAAAGAAUAACCAAGAAAAUGCUGGACCAGAAGUGGGAUCAAUGCAACUCUUGACGGUUCCAGAGGCCUCUUGCAUGGGUCUUGAAUAUAAAUGGAUGCCUCUGGCAGAAGGAAAAUCGAGUGGAUGGACUGUUGUUCAUAUUGGAAAUGCUGCUCCGUGUAUUUUGAAAGACGAGAAAGGGCUCGAAGUUCUGGGAAAUCUUGACUUGACUAUUGAGAAGGCAUCGGCUGGAUACGGAGGAAAAGAGAAAAUUAUCAGUGGAGGAGCGGUCGCCGCGUUGAAGGUUCUCUUCAAGAGACGUCUCGCUUGA